UUUGACUCCACAUAACUAGCUGAAAAGCUGCGCUGUUCCUGAGUGAUCUUCAUUUUGGUGCCUCAGCCCAGUUAAGAUGACAGCUGUCCUGCUAUUCAACCUAGCUGGCCUUCUUAGUUUCUGCCUGCCUUUGGUGUGGCCUUGCAGUGUAUCCAUCCACCCCAAGGCACCUGUUGUGCCAUUUGGGGGCUCCGUGAAACUGAACUGUACAGCUACAUGCACCAACUACACCAAAAUGGAGUGGGAGGUCUCUUUUGCACGAGAUGUCGAGGAAGGAGAAGGAUGGAUUUCUCUGAACAUCAAGAACGUGACAGAAUGGACGCCUCAGCCACUGUGCUUGGCCAAAUACAAGGGAUCUGGCUCAAUCCACACCAGGGCAGUAAUCUAUGUUUACGAAUUCUCAACCCCGGAUAUCUACCUGGCUUCGGAGAUUAAGAGUGGUCACUCGGAGAGAAUCAUCUGCAACAUUUCUAGCUUGAGGGUGAGAGACCAAAUCUCACCCAACGUCAACAUCUCCCUGAUCAGGGGUACUAUACUGCUGAAUAGUAGCUAUGGACAAGCAUCACUGGAGUACAGCUUUGUGGCAAACCUUAACCGGGAUGAUGGGGAAGAAAUCAUUUGUGCGGCCCAAGUCCAGGUGGGCUCAGAGGUGCUGAAUAAGAGUGCGACAAGGACCUUGAAGGUUGUGGCUAGCCCUUACAAUAUCAGUAUCUCAACAAAUCACAUGACGUACCAAGCUAACACAAACAUUGUGAUGACGUGCGAGGCUGAAGGAAAACCCUUCCCGGAGUUUUUGUGGGAUCUUCCCUCCAAAGCCAGUGUAGGAUUCUCAAACAACAACAAGACUCUGAUGAUCCAUUCAGCUCAAAGUUUCCAUAAUGGGACUUACCGAUGUCUAGCAUAUAAUAUGUAUGGCAAGAAGUCGGCACAAAUUGACAUCCUCUUUCAAGAGAGGUCUCGUAGCUGGAUUGUAGCCUUGGUGGUGGUGGCAUUGUUGGCUGUAGUCUUCACUGUUGGCAUCUUCUGGUAUCACUGCCGGAAAUGAGGGGAUCCAAAUGGAAACAGGCAGACCUGGAACUUCUUUCUGUUGUAGGAGGCAGAGGUUGGUUGCUACAGGUUGCUUUUCUUGACAAGCCGGAGCAGAAGCAACAAAUAAAGGGAAUCAUUGCUGUGGUUGAGAACUCUGCAGAAAAUGGACAAGAUCCCCCUGAAGACCUCCUUCUGCUACUGAAAGAAACAGAACAUGCUCUUGUCAAUGCCAAGUCAAAGCAAGAAGGCUGACAAAGACACAAUAAUAAGCAAAGAAUUCAGCUACCUGAAGAAUUCAAUUUUCACUUGCCCAGCGGAAUCAAGGUUCUAGCUCUUAUGAUUGUAAAAAUAUGCUUGAGAGGAUGUAUAUGCCGCUGAAAUCUUAGAAGAUGGGUUAAUGAACAUAAUGGGACUUACUCCUAACUGCUGACAUGUAGGACUGUGCUGCACACCUUUUAUAUGAAAAAAAAAUCAGUUUUUGGACAAGACACUUGAGCUUUCCCAUUGAAAUGGGGGAGAGAGGAUUAAAAAAACACACAUUUGGAGAAGAUUAUGCCCUUUAUGUUUUUUUUUCCAAGUGAAGAUUAUAUGCAUAUUGAUUGUCAGCUUCAUCAUUUUCAUACAUUCAAGGCAAAGGACAAAAACUAGAACUAUUAUAACUGUUAUAUUUUUAAAAAAACUUCCUGUAUUUAUGGAUUACUUUUUCAUUCUCUGUUGUACCAAUAAAAAUAUCUCUGGUUAAUGUUUCAAAUGGAUACAGUUCUGCAAAUCUAAGUAUAACCCCACAUGUCUAG